AUGUAUCCGGUGCUGUGCGUGUGGAAUACGAGUAAAGUCAUGUCGCUGAACGUGAACUAUCGCCUACCUGUGACGGAGAACAGCCCCAACUGCACCACCGUGCCCGAGCUCGGCAAGGCCGUCACCUGCCCUGCCAUUUCCAUCCAUCGGUCCUACGGCGUGAAGAUUGGCAAGAGAGCACCACUAACUGGGCAUAGGAGUGGCAAAGGUGGGCAAGGGAGUGGCAGAGCUGGGCAAGGAGUGGCAGAGCUGGGCAAGGGAGUGGCAGAGCUGGGCAAGGGAGUGGCAGAGCUGGGCAAGGACCCGUCUCCUCCACAUGGCACCGUCUUUGGCCCAAUUUACGUGGUGAGAAGAACAGGCACGCGCCAAGACUCACAAAAGUUCUGUUGUCUCGAUUCUUCCGGUGGACGUGGUGCUCCUCAUCUUUCCACGUGCCUCCACUCUCAUCCCCAUUCCCUCUCCUUCUCUUCCCCUCACAGCACCGUCUUUGGCCCAGUGGGCGUGCAAUGGAGCAUGGCCAUGCCGCGUGCAGCUGGACUCACUAACGCUCACUGGAGUGUUUUCUCUCUCUUUUUCUCAUCCCACACGUCGUCUCAAGCUCCCGCAUGCCUCCAAGCUACCCCCUAUCCCGUCUACCUCUCUCCUCCCCAGGGCAACAUCUUUGGGCGAGUGGACGUGCUACGCAGUAUGGACAUGUGCCUGGACUCACUCUCGGUCACCGGAGUGGCUUCCUUUAUAAGGUCGCCUGGGAUGAUCCGAGUGGCACUGUGUGGGUACGGGCCGGGACUUCUCAAAUCCAACAUUGUCAUCUCCAACAAUGAGGUGUACGGUGAAGGAGCAGUGGGCACAGCAAUAACAAACAACAACAUCCAUGGCUACAUCUUCUCAUCACCAUGCUCUUUCCUGCUCUUUCCCUUAAUCCACUCCCUCCUCUUUCCUUGCCUGCAGGGGAGAGCAGUUGGUGUAACCGUCAGGAACAACUACGUGCACCACUUCAUAUUCGCAGGGAUCAAGUGCGGUGCCGACGUGCAUUACAGCUUUGCGUGCAUGCUCUCUCGCAUCAACUCCAACCUUGUAGUUUCCUCUGGGAGGAACCUGAACGGGGAUCACGACUCGGCUGGGAUCUACUUCUACACGCACUGGUUCAGUCCCGGGAACUCAGCGCUGUGCAACUACGUGUUCAACGGCGACCACUGCUACUAUCUGGACCAUUGCACGUCAGGCGUGCUUGUCAGGGGAGGCGCGUGCGUGAAUACGUAUGACGGCAUGAAAGUGAAUAACGGCAAGCGGAACGUGAUAAAGAACGUGGUGAUGAAAGGCACGCGGAGAUCGCUGGGGUGGACGUCGUGCUUCACAGUGACCGUCAACAACUGCCUCAAAGACCCCGGCAACUACUCGGAGGCCAUGCGCGUGAAAUACUACAACAGCGCCCGCAUCAACCACGUGACUAUGGCCUUCGAUGAAGGACGUCUGCAAGGAAACAUCGGCCAAUGGCGGCGUGUCAUGUAA